UGAAAUCCUGCAGUGAACAGGGGCGUGGAUUAGUGCGGACUAAGGGUAGGACUCGACGAACGAUUUUGUCACGAUGCGACAAAACGCAUGCGAAUUGUCGCAUGUGACAAAAAUAAGGCAAGGGAUAGAAGUGUCGCAGCGUUGAUCCGACGCGCUCAUUGCUCACAACCAACUAGUGGUUCAUUCCAGGCUCACAACCAACUAGUGGUUCAUUCCAGGCUCACAACCAACUAGUGGUUCAUUCCAGGCCUAAAUUACUGAAAACUAAAAAGCCAACUGCUUCGAAAUUGCACUGCCUAAAACUUGGGGAGUGGCACAGAGGGGACAAUUGUGGGCAACAAGGGGGAUUUAUGUGAGUUUAAUGGGGAGGUACACGGGCUAGAUGGAGGAUAAAUGCUGGCAGCGGGGGUUGCUGGGAAUUGUAGUAUGUCAAGAUGUAGGUUGCACAUCCCUGGGAAUAUGGGGGAGAACAAACUACAAGAAUAAAUUCCAAAAACAGGAGCAGCCCUGCUGUCCCUUGUGACCUGGAGUCAGCUGGUAUGUACCCUCCCUUCCCCCAAUCUUCCUCCCUCCUCCUCCUCCUCAAUGAACAGGAGUAGCAGUGCAGGCUCAGUUUCCAAAAGCUGCCCUACCCAGCAUGCCUCGUCAGCCCAGCCAGGAGCAGCCACAAUGAGGUUCACCUGAGGGGAAGAGCAAUGCCCCAGAGUGACUCUCAACCCUCCCCUCUCCAUAUCGAGCAACCUACUAAAAAUAACAGCCCGGUGCAAAUCACUAGACUAAAUUCAUUGUCCAUUCUGGGAUUAUUAGUUCCCGCGUCAUUCUGCGGGCCGAAUUGGCGAGUGACUACAUUUCCCAGAAUUCCAGUCGGGAGGACGACUUUUUCUCGCCGCUCAGGGAGGGGUUUUUUUAUAUUUUUUUUCAUUCUAGCUCCCCAUUGAAAUAAACAGCAAGGAAAAUGGCCGAGCGCUCGGUGGGGAGAUAAAGAAGCGAAAGGAUUACGGAGAGAGGGAGGCUACAGCAGCAAUUCCCGCUCUGAUUUGAAUGCGACUCUUCAAAGACUGAACGAUGUCAACUGAAAGGCCCAUGUACCUGCCGAUUGUUUAGCUUUCAGCCUCGUGGAGUCCAGCUGCUGAUGUGUCUUCACGAUGAGUGGAUUAGGGGAAAACUCCUUGGAUCCGCUGGCGUCGGAAACAAGAAAGCGCAAGCCGUCUUCCUGCGAUACCCCCGGGCCUGGGCUGACCUGUACUGGUGAGAAGAGGAGGCGUGAGCAGGAGAGCAAAUACAUAGAGGAGUUGGCUGAGCUCAUUUCAGCCAAUCUUAGCGACAUAGACAAUUUCAAUGUCAAACCUGACAAAUGCGCGAUCUUAAAGGAGACGGUCAGGCAGAUCCGUCAGAUUAAAGAGCAAGGAAAAGCCUCUUCUAAUGACGAUGAUGUGCAGAAAGCUGACGUGUCCUCCACAGGGCAGGGGGUGAUUGAUAAGGAUUCUCUCGGGCCACUGUUAUUGCAGGCACUGGACGGCUUCCUGUUUGUGGUGAAUCGGGAGGGCAGCAUUGUAUUUGUGUCUGAAAAUGUCACCCAGUACUUACAAUACAAACAAGAGGAUCUGGUUAACACCAGUGUCUACAGCAUUCUGCACGAAGAGGACCGGAAAGAUUUCCUCAAGAACCUUCCCAAAUCUACUGUUAACGGCGUCCCCUGGUCUAGCGAAACCCCUCGACAGAAGAGCCACACGUUCAACUGCCGCAUGCUGGUCAAGACUUCUCAUGAUCACAUGGAGGAUGGAAGCGGCAGCCUAGACACGCGUCACAGAUACGAGACCAUGCAGUGCUUUGCCUUAUCUCAGCCCCGGGCGAUGAUCGAGGAGGGAGAAGACCUUCAGUCCUGUAUGAUCUGUGUGGCCAGGCGCAUCACAACUGCAGAGAGAGUCUUCUCGACCAAUCCCGAAAGCUUCAUCACGAGGCAUGAUCUGACAGGCAAGGUGGUGAACAUAGACGCCAACUCCCUGCGAUCCUCCAUGAGACCAGGCUUUGAGGACACCAUCCGAAGAUGUAUUCAGAGGUUCCUCUGUCACAGCGAUGGGCAGCCAUGGACAUACAAACGGCAUUACCAAGAAGCUUAUGUCCAUGGGCAUUCUGAAACGCCUCUGUAUAGGUUCUCGCUGGCAGAUGGCACCAUGGUGACUGCUCAGACAAAAAGUAAGCUCUUCCGGAAUCCUGUUACCAAUGAUCCACACGGCUUUGUCUCCACACACUUCUUGCAAAGAGAACAGAAUGGCUACCGACCUAAUCCCAACCCAAUGGCACAAGGUAUUCGUCCACCGGUGAACCCCAACCCUCCCAAUACAAUGAAUUCAAUGCAGGCUCAGGCCAUGCAGCAGCAGAACAGGAACUAUGGCAUGGGGGACCCCAAUAGCAUGACACAAAUGCCGGGCAUGAGAUACAAGUCCCCAGGCAACAUGGCACCUGUCAAUCAAGCUCCAGGUGUCCAGCAGUCUCCGUAUCCGAACAAUAGUAAUUAUGGCCUUAACAUGAAUAGCCCACCACAUGGCAGUCCGGGCAUGAAUUCUAACCAACCCAACCUUAUGGUGUCACCCAGAAACCGGGCUAGUCCCAAGAUGGCAUCCAAUCAGUUUUCUCCUGUUCCAGGUAUGAACUCUCCAAUGGGAUCGUCAGGAAAUGCAGGGGGAGGAAGCUUCUCCAGCAGCUCGCUAAGUGCUCUCCACGCCAUAAGCGAAGGAGUGGGGAGUUCACUCCUGUCAUCGUUGUCUUCUCCCGGCCAAAAAGUAGAGAACAAUACCAAUAUGAACUUGCCCCAGCAGGGUAAAAUUGGCAACCAGGAUUGCAAGAGCCCCAGUGGCUUGUACUGUGAACAAGGACAAGUGGAAAGCUCUGUGUGCCAGUCAAGCGGUAGAGAGCACCUUGGUGAUAAAGACAUUAAAGAGAACGUACUUGAAGGGUCGGACAGUCAGCGAUCACAAGCUGAAAGUAAAGGGCAUAAGAAGCUCCUCCAGCUUCUCACAGGUUCAUCAGAAGAACGGGGUCAAAGUCUAAUGUCUGGUUCUUCUAUGGACUGCAAAGAUUCAUCCACCAAUGUAACAAGUCCAUCUGGAGUGUCCUCAUCCACUUCCACCGGCGUGAGCUCUACGUCCAACUUGCAUGGGUCCAUCCUUCAAGAGAAACACCGCAUUCUCCAUAAGUUGCUGCAGAAUGGCAAUUCUCCCGCCGAAGUAGCAAAGAUCACGGCAGAAGCCACCGGAAAGGACGUUUUCCAGGAAACUGGGAGCUCUGCACCUUGCACAGAAGCAACGGUGAAACGAGAGCAGCUGAGCCCAAAGAAGAAGGAAAACAAUGCACUUCUGAGGCAUUUGUUGGACAAAGACGACUGGAAGGACGCGCUGUCCAAGGACAUUAAACCCAAAGUGGAACAUAUGGACAAUAAAAUGGGCCCGUGCAGUAGUUCCAGUGUCCCGACUUCAAGUCAGGAUAAAGAGGUCAAGAUAAAGACAGAGCCUGCAGAAGAGGUUCCGGGAGAUUUGGAUAAUUUGGAUGCUAUCCUGGGGGAUCUGGCUGGUUCUGACUUCUAUUCCAAUUCAAUGAGUUCCAGAGCAAGUGACCUUGGGCCCAAGCAGCCUGUAUUCCAGGGCAGCCCAACAUUGGGCAUGAGGAGUCCUGAUAGUGUGCAAGGGAGCCGGCCGCCAUUUAAUCGGGCAAUGUCGCUAGACAGCACAAUGCCAGGAAGCUCCACCCCUCCAGUGCGAAAUAUUAACAGUUUUCCAAUGGUACCAAAGCAAGGCAUGAUAGGAAGCCCAAGAAUGAUGGAUGGACAAGACAAUUUUGGUGUUAUGAUGGGAAGUGGACCUAACAGGAGUAUGAACCAACAUCCAGGUGGGGACUGGGCUAUGCAGAACUCUGCAGUCAAUAGGUUGGAGCCUCCUAAUGUGGGAACCGUGGGCCGACCCGGGCCCGAUUACAACACAGCGAUGUCAAGGCCUGCGAUGGGUGGGAAUAUGCCGGGACUUCCAGCCAGAUCUAACAGUAUUCCUGGGAGCAGACCAGUGAUGCAGCAGCAGAUGCUUCCAAUGAGGCCCAAUGACAUGGCAAUGGGCAUGGGAUCAAAUCCUUAUGGACAACAAGCCCCUUCAAAUCCCCCUGGAUCGUGGCCAGAUGGCAUGAUGAUGGACCAGGGUCAUGGUGGUGUACAGAGCAGGCAGUUAGGAAGGAAUUCUUUGGAUGACCUCUUAUGUCCUCCUUCGACCGUUGAAGGGCAGACAGAUGAAAUCGCACUCCUUGAUCAGUUGCACACCCUUCUCAGUAACACGGACGCCACAGGUCUCGAAGAAAUAGAUCGAGCUCUAGGAAUUCCGGACUUGGUCAGUCAGGGUCAAACUCUGGAGCAUCAGCCAGAUUCUUACCAGCGUCAAGGCUCUCCAGUCGUGAUCGAUCAAAAGCCACCCAUUUAUGGCCAGCCCUAUGCAGGGCAGGGAACAGCUAUGUCUGCUGGGGGCUUUAAUAACAUGCAGGGGCAGCACCCACCCUAUAAUUCGGUGAUGGGUCAGAUGAACCAGCAACAAGGCAAUUUCCCCCUGCAAGGUAUGCACCCACGGGCCAACCUCAUGAGACCCCGAACCAACAUACCCAAACAGCUGAGAAUGCAACUGCAGCAGAGGCUCCAGGGGCAGCAGUUCCUGAACCAAAACCGACAAGCCUUAGAGAUGAAGGUAGAGCCAAUGACUACCGGUGGCGCUGGAGUGAUGAGGCCUGUAAUGCAGACGCCGGUCUCACAGCAGAGCUUUCUCAAUGCUCAGAUGGUGGCGCAGAGGAACAGGGAGCUGAUUAGCCACCAAAUCAGACAGCACAGAAUGGCCAUGAUGAUGCAACAACAACAAGGGCAACCUCAAGCCUUCAGCCCUCCUCCCAAUGUCACCGCCUCGGCCGCUAUGGACAACCCACUAGGAGGCCCGCCAAUGCCCCAGGCUCCUCCUCAGCAAUUCUCCUACCCUCCUAAUUACGGUAUCAAUCAGCAGGCUGACCCCACUUUUGGAAGGGUAUCUAGCCCACCGAACGCCAUGAUGUCCUCCCGGAUGGCUCCUUCCCAGAAUCCUCACCCUCAAACCACACAAAUGUAUCCAUCGCCAGACAUGAAAGGCUGGCCGUCAGGGAAUAUGGUGAGACCAAAUUCCUUCCCACAGCAGCAGUACAGCCACCAGAACAACCCUGCAACGUAUAACAUGAUGCACAUGAAUGGCAACGGGAAUCACAUGGGCCAGAUGAAUAUAAACUCCCUGCCUAUGUCUGGAAUGCCUAUGGGUCCUGAUCAGAAAUAUUGCUGACACCAAACAUUUCUCGGAAUGAAAACUCCCCGGAGGAACUAAAGAUGCACUAUAAUGAGUAACACAAAGAGAGGAAAAGCAGAUGCUAUAUAUAUAUAUAUGUGUGUGUAUAUAAAUAUAUUGGCCUUACGGAGGACAGAACAAGUCUCACAAGUGAAACGCGAUUCUCUGACUAAUCCACUGUAUAAAAAGCAAUGGACGCGCUUCAUUCGGUGCUCUCUCUCCGACGCGUCCGGACGCCGGCAACAUUCUCGCACGUAAGAUUCGGUUUUGGCUGUGAAUUCCGCCAUUUGUAAAAGGAACCCAAGUUUCAUUGUUCAAUCCAAAGCACCCAGUCAAUUUCUAAUUGGGGUUUUCAUUUUAAGAAUUCUUCACGUUUGCGAGGGGGGAGGGGUUUGAUCAAAGCGGAGAAGCGAAAACGCAUCCGGAUUUCUUUCUAUACCAAUGUGCAGCCGACAUGCACUUUAUUAUUGACUCGCUCACUCACGGGGUCUAUAACAUUUACAGCUCAAGCAUCCAACAGCCGAGGGUCUUCUUCCAGUUCAUUCAUUUUGGGGUUUUUGUUUUUUGUUGUACACCUAUUUUGUAUAUAUGACCUUUAAAAUAUUGUAUAUGACUUUUGUAGGUCA